AUGGCUAAGAAACAACGCAAAUACAAUGAAAUAACUCCAAGGCUCAAGGCGUCGUUUGCAGGAUUGGAGUUCCUUUACUUGCUCACUGGUGCGGUGCUGAUCGUAUUUGGUAUCCGCUGGUUAAUAACAGCCGACGAUAGUAUUCGAAGCUUCGUUGUCACAGAAAGUCUUCUUCUCGGUGGUAUAAUUGUCGGUGGAUUUGUUGUAUUAUCAUUCCUUCUCACUAUCCCGCCAUUCUUGAGUCCGUUGCGGCGAAAGAAAUGGCUUUAUGUACACGCUGUUAUGAUAGUGCUUACUAUAAUAGCGAUACUGACCCUUGGUGCUCGCAUCUGGUUUACAACUCUCCAAGAACGCAAGAUGCUUGGUAACAAAUGGGCCGCUUUGAAUGAUGAGGGAAGAGCUGAGUUUGAAGACAAGCUACAAUGCUGUGGGUGGUUAAAUGUAACACAGAACACAGCCCCGUCAAACUUUUGCACAGAAGAUGUGCUAAAAGACCCAAACACAGCCCCAUGUGUCAACAGUCUUACCUCGGCUUCUGAUCAUAUACUUCGGGAACUAUUCACAAGUCUUUUUGGAUUCAUCGGGGCCGGUAUAUUUGCUUUCUUUGCAACCGUCAUCUUCAUUCAAGCCAUCAACGUCGAGCAACGAUACGAAAAAAUCGACGAGAAGAAUGACCGAGCAGUAGGAAUACGCGAUCGUGUGUUUUGGAAAGAGGAGGGUAUUGAAGUGAGAGUGCGAUUAACAGGAAUUACCCUCACCAAAAAUCUCCUAAUUGAAAGUGCGCUAUUACCGAAUAAGGCAAUACAUAAUUAA